GAUCCGGCACGGGACUUAGAUCACGUGGCAUUUUGUCUACUUCUACUUGGUCCUGACUGGCCCGGUUAUUUGGAUUCGCUUGAAUCCGGUGCUCGAUUUAGAAAUCUUGCGACAUGUAUAUUGCAUGCCUUAGUUCGUCAGCUGUCCCGUCCAGACCAUAACUAUUGGCCUGUGGAUGUAGUCGCUGAACUGUUGCUUCGUGGUACCGGUCUCAUCCAAUCUACUUCAUGGUUGGAUACAGUCAGGCGACUAGUUCAGGAUUCCCUGUGGGCCAUAUACUCGAGCAACAGACCGGAACAAAUUGUCUCUCGUUUCCGAAUCACCCAUGCUUCAAAGGGUACGGAAUCUCCAAAACAAUCCGCAAUGGAAACUGUCGAAACGACUGAUAAUAAUACCAGUUGUCUGGGUUGGUUAUUUGAUCCGCGUUCCCUGUCCCCUCUGGUUGUCAUUCGUGGAGUUUCUUCUGCGCAAAAGGUCCCGUCAACCCAAUCGGACACCAACCGCAACAACUUUCCUUUGCGCAACGAAAGUCCUCACUCUGUGCGAAAAAUCAAUGUUGAUCAGUUAUUCGAACCCCACGGUGGGGUUGAUGUUAUCGUGUAUCUCUUGGGUCAAAUCGUCUGUUAUGGUGGGACCCUAUCCAGACCGAGUCAAUCCCUGACCCGAUUGCAAGCCCACACCGUGUGUCUGCUUUUUGGCUUGACCUGGCAGUCGAUAAUCUGUGCCUUUCAGUUCCACGCUCCCACUUUACCCGAUCCUGGUGUGGAGUCCCCAGUCCGAAGUCAAAGAAGACCGAAAAAAUAUCCCCGUGAACCGUGGACACAACCACUGAGUCGUGGCGAUACUCUCCUCGCUAGAUUGAUUAAACAUCCCGGCUUGGCAGCUGAUUCGGCGCGGUUACAAGAGGUCAGUGGAUCAGACUUAGUGUGUACCUGUUUACUCGUCUGGGCUGUGUGGGUUGAUUUUCUUUGCAUCUUUUUUAUCUCGCACACAGAUCGAACAAUAAAGAAAGUACUUUACGGUACGGUGCAGUUUAAGCAACUUUGGAAUAAAAGGACCCAUUUAGUGAUAAUUUAG